AUGGUGUUUCUCCUUCUCGGCUUUAGCAUUGGGGGCGUCGGCGGGAAUGGUUUCUCGGGGUACUUUCGAAGCACUCUUGCACAGCAUGACGAUAGCGACCUGCUAGAAGAACAAGACUUGGCAGGGGGGGUAGCACUAGCGCCAGUACCUACGAGAGCAUUUACGAGACAUCAAUCUAUAGCGACCAUAGCCGCAUUAAUCUUCGGCACGCCCAGUGUCGACUUGCACAUCGAUGCGAUCGUCAGAGAAUCACAAGCAAGUCGAGCACCAUCAUCAGCAGUAAGAAUAACCAAACACAACAGCAAGAAAAUGCGCAAAGCAGUCGAUCGAACGAUUCGAAAGCUGCAGAGAACGAGGCGGAAAACAAGCGACAUGCGAUUUCGGAAAGCCUCUAGGGGUCGUAGAACACUCGAACGAGAAAACACCAACUUCUUACUCCGCGGUGCAAACAAUAAUACCGGUACGGUAUCAUCACAGCGAAACAAGCUGCGAGGCCAAACAACACAACAGAGAGCGGCCGAAAUAGGUAACCCCAUACCCCAAAAUGUGGGGUUGUUUGACGGUGAAACCGCUCAUGCGAGAGAACAAGCAGAGCUGGGUCGGAAAGGUGGGUUCUUGGGCAAAACCAAAAACUCACCAAACACAGCAGUUGCAUUUGGGGCUGGGAUCGCUAUAGGUGGUGCGGCAGGUACCGUGGUUGGAGCCGGGGGAUUGGCGGUGAUUCUGUGUAUACAAGGGACGAUUUGUAACACACCAACGCCGGCGCCAACUGCGGUUGCCUCCGUCUUCAACAGUGGCGAAAUGGCAAUCACCAUUUCGGGGUCCCUAGUAGAACCCUCACAAGCUGACAUUGAUGAAGCGCUGGAACAGAUUCGAUUGUUCUAUACCGAUGUGUUGGGUUCCGAUUUCUCGGGCAGCUUCAUCUCUUUUACACCAACUGAGUCCGGAACAACCAAUGUUGCGUCUGGAACCGAUCUCAUAUCCACAAUAGCGUUUACUGCCGAAUCAAUCUUUUCCGAUACAGCAACAGCAAUUGCCGCUUCAGAGCAUCUACAGAGAAGAUUGGAGUCAACCACCACGUCAGAAAUGACGGCCCAGAUUGAAUUUGGGCAAGGUAGACUUGGGCGGUUCGGAAGCCAACAGCGAGUCAAGGGUGCCAACAACAAGGACAAUCCUGGCUUCAAUAGGGAGCAGCCCGUACAAGCAGACGAAGUGGCUGUAAAAGCUUCUGACAAAGGAUCGGCAACCAGCGCGGGUAUCAGUGACGCAGAAGUAGAAGAGGAGGACAACACCUCGCGCAAAGCAGCUACCAAUGGAGCCGCAGCAAACGGCAACAACAAGAAUGGCAAGGGAGCUGAAACAGGGCAAGACGCAAGUGAACAAGAAGAUAACAACAAGGUUGGCAAGGGGGCCGACAUGGGUCGGGAAGCUUCUGUGGAUGGAGAUAAUCAGGGCAAAGGGGAACGAAAUGAGAAGAUUGGCCAAAGUAAAGAAGCUGACGAUGGAAAUAGUCCUAACAACAGUGGCGAUGAGGUUGUCCAAGAUUACACAUACAACAAGAAGUCUGGCAAAGGAGCUGGAGAUACCCAAGACAACGACGGCGACAACAACAACAACAACAGCAGCAGCAGCAGCAGCAGCAGCAAUGGAGCUAGAGAGAAUGGCCUGGACGAGUCUGGAGUAGCGACCACAGCUCAAUUCGGGGAAGUUACUGUCGUUGGUUGGGACAACAGCGGCAACAGCAACAGCAACGGCAACGGCGGCAAUGAAGUUGCACACGAUAGCAGCAACAUCUUGGCCGGUGCAGCUGGUGGUUCUCAGCACGAGUCUGGAGUAGCGAACACAGCCCAGUUCGGGGAAGUCACUGUCGUUGGCUGGGACGGCAACGGCAACGGCAACAGCGGCAACGAAGUUGGACAAGAUGACAGCAAUACAAUGGGCUAUGCAGAUUUUGCGCCGCAGGUUGAAUCUGGCGAAGACAAUAGCAAAAUCCAGUUUGGGAAAGUGACUGUUGUUGGUUGGGGCAGUACCAUCGGCAACAGUGGCGAUGACAAGGGAGAUGGUAGUGCCCGUGAUGAAUCUGCUGCUGGAGAAGACAACACAGCUCAGUUUGGCAAAAUAACUGUUUUUGGUUGGGGCAAAGGAGGAAGUGAUGAUGCCAAAACUGGCAAAAGCGGAGAUGAAAACAAAGGACGCGAAGCUGGACAAGGAAAACCUGCGAAAGAAGAGAAUAGUAAGCUUGGCAAGGAAGCUGAUGUUGGUCAGCAUGAUUUUGGCAACAACACUUACCAGCUAGAUGCGGUAGCCGACACGACUGUGGGCAUGGAAUAUCGAGAUGAAUACAAUGGCACCAGUGGCGAAGGAGCUGAAGCAAGCCAAGAGGGGAGCGGUACCAAGGGAGCUGGCACAGCUGGGGCAAACGACGAAAACGAGAUUGGAACUGACAUGGGGCGGGACGAACAAUGGAAUACUGGCACAGAUGGUGGUGGUGUGGGUACUGGCAGUGGCAGCCACAUAAGUAAAGAAGGAUUUGGGUUGGGUGGACUGGGGCGGGCUGCUCCAUCACGAGCACUUGUGGAUGCUUCCAUGAGCAAUGCUGACACCCAGGUUUUUAUUGAUAGCUUCCUUGUACCUGGUGUUUCUCCAACCAACCAUUUCAGCUGCUCCAACCACCGUGACAGAGCAGCCGUCAGUAUCAUCCAGGCCAAGCUUCUCAAGUUUGGCUCCGUCAUUAUCAUCCAUUCCUUCCAACAGCCCCUCAGUUUCUGGAGUUCCAUCCAUGUCAAAUGCCCCGACCCCAGAUCCCGGUGGGUCAAACGCUCCAUCAGUGUCUUUGGCUCCCUCCCUAUUUCCUUCAAAUGCUCCAUCCUUGUCAAAUUCCCCGACCCCAGAUCCUGCUGGGUCAAACGCUCCAUCAGUGUCUUUGGCUCCCUCCCUAUUUCCUUCAAAUCUUCCAUCCUUGUCAAAUGGCCCAACCUUAAAUCCCGCACUAUCAAAUUCUCCAUCACUCUCUUUGGCUCCCUCAUCAAUACCUUCAAAGAAUCCAUCUUCAAUACCAUCAAAAACUCCCUCAGCAAAUCCAUCAUCAAUACCUUCAAGAACUCCAUCUUCAAUACCAUCAAUCCCUCAAUCAUCCCUACCAUCAAUUAUGCCAUCAGAAAAUCCAUCUUCAUUACCUUCAAACAAUCCUUCAACCCUACCAUCAAACAUGCCUUCAAAGAAUCCAUCUUCCCUACCAUCAAACACUCCAUCGCAGCUUCCAUCAGCAGUGCCAUCCGCAAUUCCAAGUGUGAGCCUCCAGCCCUCUCUUUCCUCUAA